CCUAAAAAGAAAUCUCAACUCCUGGAUGUGACGGUCGCGCGCUACCGAGGACGUUCCGUUUGACCCAAAGAUGUGCGGGCUCCAACUCUACACGUCCCGUGGAUUUCACUUCCUGUCACGCUUUUAAGUGGCUUCUUCUUGUUUUUGUAGUCGUUUUCCAAAAAGUUUUCUCUUUUGGUUCCUCUCUUUUUCCCCGGAGGGAAGAAGGAGAUCCAUCCAUGCUCGGAGCCCGCAGCGCGGGGCUCGGAGCUCGGCUCGAUCCGCGGCGGAUGUGAGUUAGUUUUGGCCGCGAUUAACAAAUACAAAAACAGCGGCGAUGCGGCGUUAAAGUGAGGAAUACAAUUUGAGGAAGAAGCCGGAGUGAUGAAAAUGACCGGAGCCAUGGAAACUUCUUUCAAACUGGCUUUGAAGAAACCGCCCCCGCUGCGGAGCGCAGAGGACCUGCACGCCAUCUACUGCCACCUCUACCACAUGGACGUCCUCUCUCACCUCAGGGAGCAUCAGCUACGGGCGAUGUGCACCUCGGCCAGGUACGAGCGCCACGAGGCCAACCACAUCCUCUUCUACGCUGACAGCACGGCGACCUGCUGGUACAUCCUGCUCUCUGGAUCCGUCUUCGUCAAGGAGCACAUGUACCUGGCGAGGUGCUGCUUCGGCAGGCAGCUGGCGGGGAGGCGAGGCUGUGAAUGCAUCACUUUGGAGCCGUCAGAGAUGAUCGUGGUGGAUAACGGCAGCGAGGCGGACGACGGGUUCCUGCAGCGGGACGGGUCCCAGCGGAGGUCUAGGCGGCGCUUCAGGAGAGUCAACCCCCGGGGGGAGCGGGAGCUCAUCACCGACGGCCAGGAGCCUGCCGCAUACAACACGCUUCCUGCCGACCUCAAUAAGAUGCACCUUACAGACCACGCCCAUCAGCAGGUGAUGCACAUGCCUCCCAGCCAAUCAGGAUGCAGCAUCGCCAGCGACUCGGGCAGUAGCAGCCUGUCAGACAUUUACCAGGCCACGGAGAGCGAGCUGGGGGACGUGGACCUGUCCGGGCUCCCGGAGGCGGCGGUGGACAGCGAGGAAGAGGAGGAGGAGGACGAGGACCUGGAGAGGGCUUCGGACACCCUCCUGGGCCGAGACCUGGUCCGCGAGUGUCUGGAGAAAGAACCGGCAGACCGCAACGACGACGACAUUGAGCAACUCCUGGAGUUCAUGCACCAGCUGCCGGCCUUCGCCAACAUGACCAUGUCCGUGAGGAGAGACCUGUGCGGCGUCAUGGUGUUUGAGGUGGUGGAGCAGGCCGGCACCGUCAUUCUGCACGACAAGCAGGAGCUGGACCUCUGGUACGUCAUCUUAAACGGGGCUGUGGAGAUCAGCCACCAGGAGCCCAGAGCGGAGACUCUCUGCAUGGGCAACAGCUUCGGCAUCUCGCCCUCUCUGGAGAAGCAGCACAUGAACGGGGAGGUCCGCACCAAGGGGGACGACUGCCAGUUUGUGUGCGUCGCCCAGGAGGACUACUGGCGCAUCCUCAACCACGUGGAGAAGAACACGCACAAGGUGGAGGAGGAGGGCGAGAUCGUGAUGGUGAAGGAGCACCGCGAGCUGGACCGCAGCGGCACCCGCAAGGGACACAUCGUCAUCAAGGGAACCCCGGAGCGCCUGAUCAUGCACCUGGUGGAGGAGCCGUCGGUGGUGGACCCCACCUACAUCGAGGACUUCCUGCUGACCUACAGGACCUUCCUGUCCAACCCCAUGGAGGUCGGGAAGAAGCUGCUGGAGUGGUUCCACAUGGACAGCCUCCGGGACACGGUGACGAGAAUCGUGCUGCUGUGGGUCAACAACCACUUCAACGACUUCGAGGGCGACCCGGCCAUGACGCACUUCCUGGAGGACUUUGAGAAGCAUCUGGAAGCCACGAAGAUGAAGGGGCACCUGCGGCUGCUGAACAUCGCGUGUGCAGCCAAAGCCAAGUGGAGGCAGGUCACGCUGCAGAAGGCCUCCAGGGAGUCGCCGCUGCACUUCAGCGUGCAGGGCGGCAGCGAGAGGGGCUUCGGCAUCUUCGUGGAGUCGGUGGAAGCAGGAAGCAAGGCUGCAGAGGCCGGACUCAAGCGGGGGGAUCAGAUCAUGGAGAUCAACGGUCAAAACUUUGAGAACAUCUCCUUCUCCAAAGCGGUGGACAUCCUGAGAAACAACACGCACCUGUCCCUCACAGCCAAGACCAACAUAUUUGUCUUCAAAGAGCUCCUCAGCAGGGUCGUCCACGAGAAGAAGAACGGCGCUCCUCACAUCCCCAAGAUCCAGGAGAAAAAGGGCAACCGCUUCUCCAUCCCCGACCUACCCGGAGACAUGGAGUUCCCCUCGGACCACAAGAGCACCAGGAAGAUGAAGGCCAACACCGUGUCGGGAGGGCGGAACAAGAUCCGCAAGAUGCUGGAGAAGACGCGCUUCAGCAUACUGCCGCCCAAACCCUUCAGUGAUGGCGGCGUGGGUCAGUCUCAGGACGACAGCAUCGUGGGGACCAAGCAGUGCCGCCACAGCGUGGCCAUCAUGCCCAUCCCCGGGAACCUGUCGUCCAGCAGCCCCGACCUGCUGCACCCGGCCUCCAGCGCGCUGGACUUCUCCAACCCGGCAGCCCUGGGACUCUACUACAUCCCGGACCAGGUGAUCCGGGUGUUCAAGGCCGACCAGCAGAGCUGCUACAUCAUCAUCAGCAAGGACACCACCGCCAAGGACGUGGUGGCCCACGCCGUCAACGAGUUCGGCCUCCCGGCGGCGCCCGAGACCUACUCGCUGUGCGAGGUGUCCGUGAGCCCGGAGGGGGUCAUCAAGCAGCGCCGGCUGCCCGACCAGCUCUCCAAGCUGGCCGACCGCAUCCAGCUCAACGGCAGGUACUACCUGAAGAACAACAUGGAGACGGAGACGCUGUGUUCCGACGAGGACGCUCAGGACCUCCUCAGAGAGAGCCACAUCUCCCUGCUGCAGCUCAGCACCAUGGAGGUCGCCGCCCAGCUCUCCAUGAGGGACUUUGAGCUCUUCAGGAACAUCGAGUCCACGGAGUACGUGGACGACCUGUUCAAACUGGACUCCUCGCUGGGCAGUGGCCACCUGAAGCAGUUCGAGGAGGUAAUAAACCAGGAGACCUUCUGGGUCGCCACGGAGAUCCUCAAGGAGCCCAACGCCCUGAAGAGGAUGAAGACCAUCAAGCACUUCAUCAAGAUCGCGCUGCACUGCAGGGAGUGCAAGAACUUCAACUCCAUGUUCGCUAUCAUCAGCGGCCUGAACCUGGCGCCGGUGGCCCGGCUGCGCAACUCGUGGGAGAAGCUGCCCAGCAAGUACGAGAAGCUGUUCGGGGACCUGCAGGACGUCUUCGACCCCUCCAGGAACAUGGCCAAGUACCGCAACGUCCUGAGCAGCCAGAGCAUGCAGCCGCCCAUCAUCCCGCUGUUCCCCGUGGUCAAGAAGGACCUCACCUUCCUGCAUGAAGGCAAUGACUCCAGCGUGGACGGCCUCGUGAACUUUGAGAAGCUGCGGAUGAUCGCCAAGGAGAUCCGACACGUAGUGCGGCUGACCUCAGCCAACAUGGACCCGGCCCUCAUGUUCAGACAGAGGAAGAAGAGGUGGAAGAGUUUAGGGUCUCUGAGUCAGGGCAGCACCAACUCCAACAUGCUGGACGUGCAGGGCGGCGCCCACAAGAAGCGAGUGCGCCGCAGCUCGCUGCUCAACGCCAAGAAGCUGUACGAAGACGCCCAGAUGGCCAGGAAGGUGAAGCAGUACCUGUCCAACCUGACGGUGGAGAUCGACGAGGAGAAGCACCAGGUCAUGUCCCUGCAGUGCGAGGCCUCCUACAGCACCUUGUCUAAGAACCUGAGUGACAGACGGUCCACCAAGUCGGACAUGUCUCCGGUGUCCCUGCGAGCCACUCUGCCUUUAGGGAAGACGCAGAACCGGGUGUCUCAAGUCCUUCAGGUCCAGGUCCCUCUGAACCCGCUACGGAAGAAGAGCACGGCCAGCAAGGAGAUGGGCCCUUCUAACACCAGCUCUCCUCAGGUGGUGAAGAAGCCCCCCGUGAUGAUCUCGUCAGAGGAGUGGAGCUCCAAGAGGCCGUCUGACGACAGCGUGUCCAUGAUCUCCUCCCUUCAGUCCAGCCCCACGGUGUCUCCUCAGGGCUCCCCGCGCAAAGUGGGGGGCGUGGCCAAGUCCCAGAACUGCAGCCAGAUGAACCUGUCGGGAUCUUCGUCGUCUCUGACCAGCGACGCCGGCGCCAAGGCCGUCGCCGUCGCCGUCGCGCCGCGCAACUACGGAAUAGGUUACGGCCUCCUGCCGCCCGGCGGCAGAGCGGAUAACCUGUCGGACUCCAGCCACAGCGAGAUCUCGUCCCGCUCCAGCGUCUGCUCGGGGGACUCCGUGCCCGCUCCCGUUACCGCGGCAACCGCUGCCGGCACGCGCGCUCCCGCCCCGGUCGCCGAGAGCUCGCCGGCGACGCACGCGCACCUAAACUGCGACGGCCUCCCGCCCGGCACGAGUUCCUCGGCGGCGGCCCGCGGCUACGCCACGCGCGCCCCCGCCUUCACCCCCUCCAUCUCCACGGAGGAGCUGACCCCGGACCACGCCUCGCUGGACUCCGUGGCCGACAGCGGGCGCGGCAGCUGGACCUCCUGCUCGUCCACCUCCCACGACUCCUUCCAGAGCCUCCCGCGUCCUUGCCGGCCCUGGGACCACGGCAUCCACGGCCACCCGCUGGCGCCCGGCGCCUUCAGGCACGCGCAGCCUCCCAUCGCCGAGGUGGAGGCCGCGGGUCCCGCCUGGGCCGGCGAGGACGCCGCCGCCGCCGCCGCCAGGCACCACUCCAGGAACUCCAGCUCGGACCUGUCCAGCCAGUCGCGGCGCAGCUGGGCGUCGUCCGGCUCGCUGUCGGACGCCUACGAGGGGAACUACGGCACCGUAAAGCGGCGGAACGCCGCGGAGCACCCGCCCUCGCCCGCAGAGGAGGAAGGAGGCCAGAGCGCCGACCCCGCCUACAAGACGGUGACGUCCAGCACGGAGAAAGGCCUGAUAGUGUAUUGUGUCACGUCCCCCACCAAGGACGAGCGUUACCGAGCUCCCCCUCCCACCCCUCCAGGCUACCAGGGUCUGGCUCUGGGGGAUCUGGGCCUCGCGGACGGGGUCCCCCUGCCCAGGCCCCCCCACCUCAGACCCCCGGACUACAGCGUGGCCCUGCAGAGGAGCAAGCUCCUGCAGAGCCCCGGGGGGGCCGGCGGUCUGGCUGAGGCUCGGCGGCUGGCCGUUAACCAACACCACCUCCUCCACCACCACCACCACCACCACCCCCACCUCCAGCACCCCCACCCCCACCUCCUCCAGCAGGACCCCCGCACAGCCGGCUCCACGCAGAGCAGCUCCAGACCGCCCAGCAUCUGCCUCCCGCCGCGGGAGCCGGCCGACAGCGAGGACGAUGAGCAAGUGUCGGCGGUGUGAAGAUGGCGGCCUCUCGCACACACACACACACA